AUGAGUGAAUUUAGUACGGAGUCGUACGACACGAGCUCUUUUACUUCAGAUUUACUUUACAAUACUACUGAGUACUUGGUGCACAAUGCGACGGGCGGGUGCGGUGCUGGACGGCCAAGCAAAAUGUUUGGCUUGGUGGUGAAGGUCGUGUAUGCUAUCGGCAUCAUCGGAAACGCCGUCGCCAUCAUCACGCUGAGACGUGGCGAGCGGCGCGUGCGCAACAGAAAGCACCUCUUACUUCUGACAUCCCUCGCUGCAAAUGAUCUCGUAGCUUUGGUGGGAAUGAUGUGCGCGAUGGUGGUGGCCGAGCAGUGGGCGUGGACGAGCCGCACGCGGGCGUACUGCGCGGCGAGGGUGGCGCUGCGGGUGUUCGGCGUGGGCAGCGUGUGCAUCGCGGUCACCAUGGCGCUCGAACGCUACCUCGCGCUCACCAGGCCCUUCUUGUAUCAGAAGCAAGUGACGUACUACGUGAUUCGCAUGGCGUUGCUCGUAUCUUGGUUCUGGGCGGCCGCGUUGACGUGCGCGCCCGUGCUGGGCGUGGGCCUGUACUGGGACGAGGCGACCCACUGCUGCACGCGCUACCGGAACGCCGUCUCCGGGCUCGACUUUGGAUAUGCCGUGUUUUAUGUUAUUUUUGGGACAAUGCUCUGCGCGAUCCUGGUGUACUGCAACCUGGCGGUGAUCCGGGCGCUGUACGCUAUCACGGCGCCGCGGGGUAGUGGGCCGCCCGUGGUCCGCCGUGUGUCCAAGAGCAGCUGCCGGCAGCGCGGCAAAGCGGCGCACGCGCACCACAACGCCGCCACCGCCGAGGAGGUCGCCUUCAGCAGGCUGAUGGCCACUCUCUCCGUGCUCUUCAUGAUCUGCUGGCUGCCGCAGAUGGUGACGUCGGCCCUAUACCUUGCUCUAGGACAGGACGCCUGGCCACGUCUGGGCACGCUGGCGAAGCUCUCCGAUGUGCUGAUGCUGCUCAACUACGUGCUGGACCCCAUACUCUACGUUCUCAUGAAACAGAGACGACACGUCUCUAUCACUGCUAUGUGCCAUUCUAUCACACAUUGCUUUAAGCGAAGUCACAAAACAUCGACUGAGUCGAUGAAAACAUCGUGCUGUCCGCAAGAGACGGUCAUCAUCAGCGAGAGCUCCGGCGCAGAGAUGCGGCCGCUCCGCCCGCCGGUGUGCGCCGCCAUCAUCAAGCUGGACGAC